CCUCCUCCUCCUCCUCCUCCUCCUCCACCUCCUCCUCCACCUCCUCCCCCACCUCCUCCUCCUCCUCUUCCUCCUCCUCCUUCACCUCCUCCACCUCCCCCACCUCCUCCUCACCUUCCUCCACCUCCUCCUUCACCUCCUCCACCUCCUCCUCCUCCUCCUCCACCUCCUCCUCCUCCUCCUCCACCUCCUCCUCCUCCUCCACCUCCUCCUCCUCCACCUCCUCCUCCUCCUCCACCUCCUCCUCCUCCUCCUCCACCUCCUCCUCCUCCUCCUCCACCUCCUCCUCCUCCCCCACCUCCUCCUCCACCUUCCCCACCUCCUCCUUCACCUCCUCCUCCUCCUCCCCCACCUCCUCCUCCUCCUCCUCCUCCUCCUCCUCCUCCUCCUCCUCCUCCUCCUCCCCCACCUCCUCCUCCUCCUCCUCCUCCUCCACCUCCUCCUCUUCCUCCACCUCCUCCUCCUCCUCCACCUCCACCUCCUCCUCCUCCUCCUCCACCUCCCCCUCCUCCUCCUCCUCCUCCUCCUCCUCCUCCUCCUCCUCUCCCUCCUCCUCCUCCUCCUCCUCCUCCUCCUCCUCCUCCUCCUCCUCCUCCUCCUCCUCCUCCUCCUCCUCCUCCUCCUCCUCCUACCCCUCCUCCUCCUCUACCUCCUCCACCUCUCCCUCCUCCUCCUCCUCCUCCACCUCCUCUCCCACCUCCUCCUCCUCCUCCUCCUCCUCCUCCUCUCCCUCCUCCUCCACCUCUCCCUCCUCCUCCUCCUCCUCCACCUCCUCUCCCACCUCCUCCUCCUCCUCCCUCCCCUCCUCCUCUCCCUCCUCCUCCUCCUCCUCCUCCUCCUCCUCCACCUCCUCCUCCUCCUCCACCUCCUCCUCCUCCUCCUCCUCCUCCUCUCCCUCCUCCUCCUCCUCCUCCUCCUCCUCCUCCACCUCCUCCUCCUCCUCCACCUCCUCCUCCUCCUCCUCCUCCUCUCCCUCCUCCACCUCUCCCUCCUCCUCCUCCUCCUCCUCCACCUCCUCCUCCUCCACCUCCACCUCCUCCUCCUCCUCCUCCUCCUCCUCCUCCCACCUCGCCGCCGCCGCCGCCGCCGCCGCCGCCGGCUCGCUCCCGCCGCUCCACCCGGAGCACCGGCCGCCGCGGAGGGCCGGCCCGGCAGCCGCCCGCACCGAAACACGCAGAUCUGCACAAAAAGAUGCAGACGGCUCGUGAACUGUGCUCCCCCGCUGCCACGUAA